GUUUGGCCCUGGCAACCGCGCUGCGAUGAGGUUCGAGAUCCUGCCCGGGAUCGGCGUCAUGGCCGUGUGCUUGGUCCUCCCCGACAUGGCUACAGCGCACAUCCACAGGUUCAGUAACGGGGGCAAGGAAAAAAGGGUUGCCUGUUAUCCGUAUCAGUGGAGUUUGAUGCAAAGGGAUAGGCGGGUCUCUGGAGUUAAUCGUUACUAUGUGUCAAAGGGUUUGCAGAAUAUGGAUUAAGGAAGCAUUUUCCUGACGGAUGAAAAAUAACUCGGUCAUACUCAUCUAUCCCUUCUAGAAGGUUAUGCAGUGUAUUAAUGUAGUGCAUAAUAAAAACAAAAAAAAAUUAAAAAUAAAAUAAAAUUGCAUUUGGAUUUGUUCGCAUUGGGCAUGGUAAGACACAAAGAUGCAGAAAUGACUGUCGUGAAAUACG